CUUUAUUUUUUUUACACUAAUUCAUAGUUUUUUUCACUUGGAAUUCCUAUUUCAGGUGUAAAUGUAUGUUGGAACAGAAAUAUAACGUCAUUUUACUUAUUUAACCGCUCGCAUGUUUCCAACUGAGAAAGGAAUUAAAAGGAAACUGGAAGGAGAAAGUGAAGACCGAGGGGCCACGAUGUUCUCACCCCACCCGUGUGCACCUUCCCGAGAGGAUGGGGCAAGUCAGAUACCCCGAGUCCAAGCCCCGUUGUCACCGCUGACCCGCACGCCAGUGGAUGCAGAGCUGCUGAGAUCACGUCUCGUAUCGACAUCACUCAGUGUCCCUCAGCGUCAUCCUGACACCCUGAUGUUCACACCUCACACCUUCACGCAGAAGAAACAGCAAAGUGCAGACAAAUGUUUGUUGCCGGCGCUGAAGCAGCACCAGAAGCCAAUCGUCCCAGAGAGCGCUGAUAGGAAACACAGUGGGAGGUUGACCCAUGCUGGACAGAAGCGUCCUGCAGAAACGUCAGACACCAGCUCCUCGUCUUUACACCUCCCUCGUAUUUCAGAUCAUCUCAAAGAAAGACAGGUCUCUCAGCGCUCCGCUUCUUCAGCCAAAAAGCUGAGGAACUCCUUGAAGAACCUCACUGAAGCUGUAGGAGCCGUUAGCCACACCCCGUCUCCGCCCGUCUCCACCCUGCUGUACUUCAGCUCCGUAGAAGAAGUGAUCAGCGCCGGGAUCCGUUCUCCCUCCGAGAUCGCUCAGAUCAUCCAGAACAACCCUCACCUCGGAUUCUUCUACAUGAUGCCGAGGGCUUCGAAAUCAGCCUACGACCUGGAGAUCGUCACAUAUGCAAACGUUCAGAUGUUGGACUAUUACACCAUCAGCGCGCAAGGCGUGACACAUUACGGUCGUGACGGCACGGACUUCACGCCGCUGGAUUGCUGGGUGCGGGAGUACCUUUACCACCAGCGGCUCCUGCGCAUCCCGACCUUCGGCCACUUCCGCAAGAGAAAAGCCUUCCGCUUGUGGCGCGCCAACGUGCGCCACAAGACCAUCAGCACGUGCAAAGAAGUCCUGCAACAGAGCAUGUUCAUCAUGAACGAGUCUCUGAGACCAGCGCUGAUCAGCAUCAGGGAGCUGUGUGAUCACGUCUCCGACGUGAACCUGUGCGUAAUCGAGAAGCAGCGGUCGUACACGCUCGAGGAGUUCCUGUCUGCUCAGUACGCUCAAGUCAGCGAGGUAUCUGCACGCCUGGGCACAUUUCGAGAGCUGGUGAAGGAGGUGGCAUUAACGGCGUGUCACACGGCUCUGCUGGAGGCCGGGUACAUACCUGACUAUGGCAAAGAUGGAGAUGGAAGUAAACCAUGUGCUGAUUUGGAGCAGUUGUAUGAAGAGAUUCCGGACACAAUGAGCUACAGUCAACAACACACAAAGAAAACUCACUGCAGUCGCCUCACUUGUUUCAUCCGCCUGGCUGAUUUUUUGAUAAUGAGCACCCUGCACACGGUGGCCUUUAACUCCAUCAACAAGCUUCUGAACGCACUCCAGGAGUACCACAUCCCAUCACACACUCUCAUACAGAGCUGGGCCAGUGCAGAGGCUGAACAUGACACAGAAGACCUGGACAGCAUGUCGAUACAGAACGCAGACGAUUUAGCGUUGCCUAUGUUUAUCACAGAGUUGAUGCUGGACAUUCACGGGCUGUCCUUCCAACCGUCCAUCAAAGACUUUCAGGAGAGCGUAGCAGAGAUAAUUUCCCGUUUCCAUGAGACGGUGCUGUUUUUGAAGCCUCUUGUGCUGGACUCCGACUUUGACUCUUUCACACGACCCAUUAUUAACAACAAGAUCGAGGAGAAGACCUGUGGUGAUGGUCCAGAUUUAGAGGGUACUCUGGAAAAUGAUCAGCACCUGCAGAACCUCAUACGCAACAUCAAGAAUUCCAUUCAGCGUGCGUUCGAGGCUGCAGAUGUGUUCGCUGACACUUUCAAGCCUUUCCAUCUCUUCUAUACGGAGAACGAAAGCCUGGAUCUGGACGCUCUUAAAGAACAGGAGCACGCUGUAGCAUUUUUCGAUGAAAGCCUGAAGAGGUAUCAUCACCAGCAUAAACAAGCACUGGCCAUUAAACCGAAGAGACACCUGGGACUCUUGCUGGUGGACACAAUGCAACUGAAAGACAAGCUAACGCCGUCUCCACUGCGCUGCCUAGAGGUUAUUAACUGCAUGCUGCCACUGUUGGCUAAGAGAAAAAUGGAUGCGGUUAUUGGUGAGAUACAAGACGCCUGCUAUAAACUGGGGCUCGUCCCAACAACUACCAUCGAGUAUGUCAACUCCCUCAGCUUCCUUGAGGACAUCCAAGUGCGGAUUGAAUCCUUGGACGAGGAGGCCGAGACAGUGUCUCAGAUGUACAAGCUGAUUCAAAGCUUCUCCAUUCCCACUCCACCGGAAGACCUUGCUGUUUUCGGGACACUUCAACCUUCCAGGAUGUCUUUAAAUAACACCAUGGACAAGGCGGUGGGAGAGAGAGACGCCAAUGUGUCCAAGUUUUGCCAGAACCUGCACCAAGACAUCAAGGAACUCAACAGCGAGGUGACGAGGAUCAAACAACAGGCGGAGAACAGGAUGAUUUUGGAUAUCGAAGCAAACCGGAAUGAGGUUCGUACGCUGCUGGGAGAAAUCCAGGAAUCUACAGAUCAGCUGCAACAGCAAGCCUUCAGCUACAAAUCCUACCAGAAGAAAUUUAAGGUGGAGGUGACUAAGUACGACGCUUUGGAGGAGCUGAGUUCCGACAUGAAGCUGAAAAUUUUGCUGUGGGAUUCAUUAGAAGAAUGGGACAAGAUGCAAAACAGCUGGAUGCAGAGUAAAUUUGACGACCUUGACCCGGAGCUCCUGAGUGCUCAGGUGAACAAGUAUAGCAAGUACGUGAACCAGCUGGAGAAAGGGCUUUCACCGAACAGUGUCGUCCCCUACCUCAAAGUUGGUGUGAAUACCAUGCGGGAAAAGAUGCCGGUGAUCACUGAUUUGCGCAACCCUUGUCUGAAAGAACGCCACUGGAGCAUGUUGGAGAGCAUCGUGGGGAUCAACCUUCUGGAGAAACCACUCACACUUGAUGCCCUAAAAGAACUUGACAUCUUCAGCCAUGCUGAGGAGAUCCAGGAGAUUUCAGGCCAGGCGUCAGGAGAAGCAGCUCUAGAGACGGUGGUGAAAAAGGUGGAGGACUCUUGGAAGUCCACAGAGUUUGUGGUGUUGUUUCAUCGUGACUACAAAGACGUGUUUAUUCUCGGAGGCACAGAUGAGAUCCAGGCGUUGUUGGACGACAGCUGCAUCAACAUGGCCACCGUGGCAUCUUCACGUUAUGUGGGUCCCAUAAAGGCCAAAGUAGACGACUGGCAGCAACAGCUCUCCCUUUUCAACCAGACACUGGAUGAGUGGCUGACAUGUCAGAGGAACUGGCUUUAUUUGGAGAGCAUCUUUAGUGCCCCUGAUAUCCAGAGGCAGCUCCCUGCUGAGGCCAAGAUGUUCCUGCAGGUGGACAAAUCCUGGAAAGAUAUCAUGAGGAAGGUGAACACCUUUCCCAAUGCACUGCGUUCUGCUACACAGCCAGGGCUUUUGGAGACCUUCCAGAACAAUAACGCUCUACUGGACCAGAUUCAGAAAUGUCUGGAGGCCUACCUGGAGUCAAAGAGAGUUGUUUUCCCCAGGUUCUACUUCCUCUCCAAUGACGAGCUGCUGGAGAUCUUGGCCCAAACACGCAACCCUCAGGCCGUACAGCCGCACCUUAGGAAGUGCUUCGACGCCAUCUCCCGGCUGGAGUUUGCCUUGCAGACAUCCGACGUUCCAAACGAGGCAGAAAAAGUGUACACCAACGACAUCCUGGCCAUGAUCUCGCCUGAGGGAGAGAAGGUGGCUCUAGGAAAAGGCCUUAAGGCUCGUGGGAAUGUGGAGGACUGGUUAGGGAAGGUGGAGGAGGCCAUGUUCUCCUCGCUCAGACGCCUCAGCAAAGCUGCUAUCGCUGACUACCAGGGCAAACCCCGGGUGGAGUGGGUGGUGGCUGGACACCCUUCACAGGUGGUGCUGACGAUCUCACAGCUCAUGUGGUGCAGAGACAUGAAUAACUGCCUGGAAGGAGACCACGACCACUUUGAGGCCCUUCAGCAGUUUGAGCUCACAAACUUUGAGAGGCUGAAUGCAUUGGCUGCUCUGGUGCGUGGUAACUUACCCAAAAUCCAUCGAAACAUCAUCACAGCUCUCAUUACCGUGGAUGUUCAUGCCAGAGACAUCGUGACUGAGCUGGUCAAAGAAAAGGUGGAUUCGAGCAGUAACUUUGAGUGGCAGAGGCAGCUGCGCUACUACUGGGAUCUGGAUCUGGAUAACUGUGUAGCUAAAAUGGCUCUGUCUCAAUACAUCUAUGGAUACGAGUACCUGGGAGCCUGCCCACGUCUGGUCAUCACCCCACUUACGGACCGUUGCUACCUGUGUCUGAUGGGGGCGCUACAGCUGGAUCUGGGCGGGGCUCCGGCAGGUCCUGCUGGAACUGGAAAAACUGAGACCACUAAAGAUCUGGCUAAAGCACUGGCCAUCCAGUGUGUGGUCUUUAACUGUUCAGACGGACUUGAUUACAAGAUGAUGGGAACCUUCUUCAGUGGUCUGGCCCAGUCUGGAGCCUGGUGUUGUUUUGACGAAUUCAACCGCAUCAACAUUGAGGUGCUCUCUGUCAUCGCCCAACAGCUCAUCACUAUCAGAAAUGCGAAGGCCGCCAAGUUGUCUCGGUUCCAAUUUGAAGGGAGAGAAAUUAAGCUGGUGAUGACAUGCGCUGCCUUCAUCACGAUGAACCCAGGAUACGCAGGCAGGACUGAGCUCCCCGACAACCUGAAGGCUCUUUUCAGACCCAUCGCCAUGAUGGUGCCCAACUAUGCCCUCAUUGCUGAGGUGAUCUUGUACUCCGAGGGCUUUGAGUCCAGUAAGACUCUGGCGAGGAAAAUGACUCAGAUGUAUAAACUGUGCAGUGAGCAACUUUCCCAGCAGGAUCACUACGACUUCGGCAUGAGAGCCGUCAAAUCCGUUCUCGUCAUGGCUGGGUCUCUGAAACGAGAGAACCCACACCUGAGUGAGGACGUGGUGUUGAUUCGAGCUCUCCGAGACUCCAACCUGCCCAAAUUCCUUAAAGACGAUGCAGAGCUUUUUGGUGGUAUUCUGUCGGACCUCUUUCCUGGUGUCAGCAUCCCCGAGCACAACUACGGCUCUCUCCAGUUGAGUAUCGAGGCAGCUCUAUGUGCUCGCUCCCUGCAGCCCGUCCCCAGCAUGACUGCCAAAGUGAUCCAGCUAUACGAGACCAUGCUGGUGCGCCACGGCGUCAUGCUGGUGGGUCCUACAGGGGGCGGUAAGAGCACGGUGUACCGCGCCCUCGCCGACGCCCUGCUUGCCCUCUAUGAGGCCGAGGGCUGUGAAGUAAACCCCUUCUACCAGCCCGUCAAGACCUACAUUCUCAACCCUAAAUCCGUGAGCAUGGGUGAGCUGUACGGUGAAGUGAACCCUCUCACGUUAGAGUGGAGGGACGGUUUGAUGGCGCUGUGCGUUCGCGCCGCUUCCAGCGACCCCAGCGACAUUCACAAGUGGGUGGUGAGCGAUGGACCCGUGGACGCACUGUGGAUUGAGAACAUGAACACCGUGUUGGAUGACAACAAAAUGUUGUGUCUGGCGAACAGCGAAAGGAUCAAACUCACCCCAUCUAUACACAUGGUGUUCGAGGUUCAAGAUUUAGCCGUCGCCUCUCCAGCCACGGUCAGUCGCUGUGGGAUGGUCUACAUCGACCCAGAGGAGCUGAAAUGGAUGCCAUAUGUGCAGACGUGGCUCACAGGCCUCUCAGACAAGGUGGCUGAGCCUGUGCGUGAAUAUCUAAUUGAGCUCUUCGGGCGCUAUGUGGAGAAGGGUCUCCAGUUUGUGACGAAGCACUGCAUACAGGCCAUGGCUCAGGUGGACAUCAGCAAAGUCACCACCCUCUGCUGCCUCCUCGAGGCACUGCUGUUUAGCAACGACUCACCCAGCCUUAAAAUGGACUCUGCUCGACUGAACAUCCUGCUCUGCCAGACGUUCCUAUUCUGCUACGUCUGGGCCAUUGGUGGGAAUCUGACAGACGGCUGCUGGGACGCCUUCGACAGCUUCGUCAGGCAGCAGUUCGAGGACAACACCGAUGCCAAGUUUCCGAGUGCAGGGGACAUAUGGAGUGUGUAUAUAGAUUUGGAGAGUAAGCGUCUGGAGCCAUGGGAAAGGAUCAUUCCUCACUUCAGGUAUAAUAACGAGAUUCCUUUCUUUGAGAUGCUGGUGCCCACUAUGGACACGGUGCGCUAUGGAUACCUGAUGGAAAAACUGCUCUCCGUGCAACACUCUGUGCUUUUUACCGGCAUUACUGGAGUAGGAAAGUCUGUGGUGGCUCGUGGCUUGUUAAACAGCAUACAAGAGCGGGCAGGGUACAUCCCUGUCUACAUCAACUUCUCCGCCCAGACAUCCUCGGCUCGGACGCAGGAGAUCAUCGAGUCCAAACUGGAGAAGAAGAGGAAGAAUACACUAGGGGCCCCUGCUAAUAAGCGAAUCGUGGUGUUCGUUGAUGAUUUAAACAUGCCCAAGUUGGACAGUUACGGCUCGCAGCCCCCGAUUGAGUUGCUGCGUCAGUUUCUAGACUUUCAGGGCUUCUACGACCGUGAGAAGUUCUUCUGGAAGGAGAUUCAGGAUAUGACUAUAGCGGCAGCAUGUGCGCCCCCUGGUGGAGGUCGUAACCCCGUGACCCCUCGUUUCAUUCGGCAUUUCAGCAUGUUCUGCCUCCCGACUCCAUCUGAGCAGAGCCUCAAGCAGAUUUUUAAGGCGAUCCUGUGCGGCUUCCUUGCUGAUUUCCCUCUGGCAGUGAAGCAGGCAGCAGGGAGCAUCGUAGACGCCGCAGUGGAGAUUUACAACCGCAUGAGCGUGGAUUUGCUCCCGACUCCAGACAAAUCUCACUACGUGUUCAACCUCCGAGAUCUGUCCAAGUGUGUGCAGGGCAUUUUGCAGUGUGAGCCUGGCACUGUGCAGGAUCACAACCAGAUCUUCCGUCUCUUCUGUCACGAGUGCCAGCGUGUGUUUCAUGAUCGGCUCAUCAACAACGCGGACAAGACCUACUUCAACACCAUGAUCUGCGAGAUGGCCAAUAAAUAUUUCAGCAUCAGUUUGGACCCCAGUUCUCUCUCCAAGCAACCGAUCAUUUUUGGAGAUUUCAUCAAGGUUGGAGCAGAGAAGGCUGACCGCGUCUACGAGGACCUGACGGACACAGAAAAGAUCCGGAAUGUUCUUCAGGACUAUCUAGAUGACUACAACUUGGUCUUUUCCAAGGAAACCAAGCUUGUGUUUUUCCAGGACGCCAUCGAACAUGUCUCCAGAAUCGCCCGCAUGAUUCGGCAAGAGCGUGGCAAUGCCCUGUUAGUCGGCGUGGGCGGGACAGGGAAGCAAUCUCUCACACGACUAGCUGCUCAUAUGUGCGGCUACCGCUGCUUCCAGAUCGAACUCAGCCGUGGUUACAACUACGACACUUUCCAUGAGGAUCUGCGUAAACUCUACAAGAUGGCCGGCGUUGAUGGACAAGACAUGGUUUUUCUCUUCACUGACACUCAGAUUGUAGUUGAGGAGUUCCUGGAGGAUAUUAACAACAUGCUGAACUCUGGUGAGGUUCCCAACCUGUUUGAGAAAGAUGAGCUUGAGCAGGUGUUGGCAGCGACACGGCCCCGUGCCAAGGAGGCGGGUAUCACCGAGGGCAACAGGGACGAGGUCUUCCAGUUCUUUAUCUCUCGUGUACGUGAGAAGCUGCACAUUGUGCUGUGUAUGAGUCCAGUAGGUGAUGCCUUCCGGUCACGCUGCCGUAUGUUUCCCUCGCUCGUCAACUGCUGCACAAUCGACUGGUUUGUCCAGUGGCCGCACGAGGCUCUCCUGUCUGUCUCCCAGACAUUUUUCCAGACGGUGGACUUUGGCAGUGAGGAGAUGUCAAACUGUUUGUCUCAGAUGUGUGUGGAGAUCCACAUGAGCGUGACGGACAUGGCCGAGCGUUUCUAUUCGGAGCUCCGCCGCCGCUAUUACACCACGCCCACUUCUUAUCUGGAGCUCAUUAACCUUUAUCUAAGCAUGCUGGGAAGUAAGAGGGAGCAGCUGGAGACGGCUCGUGAUCGAGUGAAAAAUGGUCUGACGAAGCUGUUGGAGACCAAUGAACUGGUUGAUAAAAUGAAGGUGGAGCUGUCAGCCCUGGAGCCUGUGCUCAAACAGAAAUCCAUCGACGUCAAUGCCCUCAUGGAGAAAAUCGCUGUUGACCAGGAGAGCGCUGACCAGGUGCGCAAAGUGGUGAAGGAAGACGAGGCGUUGGCAAAAGAGAAAGAGCGUAUUACAAAGGCCAUCGCAAAUGAAGCUCGGGAAGACCUGGAUAAGGCGCUACCUGUUCUGGAGAAGGCCAACAAGGCUCUGGAUUCUCUGGACAAGGCCGACAUCUCUGAGAUCCGUGUGUUCACCAAACCUCCUGACCUCGUUAUGACUGUCAUGGAGGCAGUGUGUAUCCUGCUCAACAGCAAGACAGACUGGGCGAGUGCUAAGCAGGUCCUCGGUGACUCGACCUUCCUGAAAAAGCUGACCGACUACGACAAAGAAAACAUCCGUCCACAGGUCCUUCAAAAGCUGCAGCGUUACAUUCAGAACCCUGAUUUUAUACCUGAGAAGGUGGAGAAGGUCUCUAAAGCCUGCAGGUCCAUGUGCAUGUGGGUUAUAGCCAUUGACAACUAUUCCCGCGUGCUGAAAGAAGUCGGGCCUAAACAGUUGAAGCUGGCCGCCGCCCAGGCGGAGCUAGAUGCUACUUCAGCAACUCUAAAGCAGAAGCAGGACAAACUGCAGGAGGUGGAGAACCAGAUCGCGGUACUGCAGGAGCAGUUCAACUCCAGCCUCGCUGAAAAAGAUUCCGUGGCUGAAAACAUGGCUCUGACCAAGGCUCGGCUGGGACGUUCGGGGAAGCUGACGUCGGCGCUGGCUGAUGAGCGCGUGCGCUGGCAGGAGAGCAUUGCAUUGUUCGAGAUGGAGAUCAACAACGUGGUCGGAAACGUGUUCAUUGGAGCCGCAUGCGUAGCUUAUUAUGGAGCCUUCACUUCUUACUAUAGACAGCUGUUGAUAGAGCAGUGGAUCUCACGCUGUCAGGAGUUUGGGAUCCCAAUCAGCUCCAACUUUAGUCUGAUUGGAAUCCUGGGUGACCCGUUUGAGAUUCGGCAGUGGAACGCUGAAGGUUUGCCACGUGACAACGUGUCCACCGAGAACGGCAUCCUGGUGACCCGGGGACGCCGCUGGCCCCUCAUGAUCGACCCCCAAGAUCAGGCAAACCGCUGGAUCCGCACACGAGAGGCGAAGAACGGCCUGAAGGUUAUUAAACUGACGGAUACCGGUUUCCUCCGCACUCUUGAGAACGCUAUACGCAUGGGCAUGCCUGUCCUACUGGAAGAGCUUAAAGAAACUCUGGACCCUGCUCUGGAGCCUGUCCUGCUGAAGCAGACUUUCGUAUCCGGUGGCAGGACGUUGAUCCGUCUGGGAGAUUCCGACAUCGACUAUGACAAAAACUUCCGCUUUUACAUGACCACCAAGAUGGCCAACCCUCACUACCUCCCCGAGGUUUGCAUCAAAGUGACCAUCAUCAACUUUACAGUGACUAAGUCAGGACUGGAAGAUCAGCUCCUCAGUGAUGUGGUGCGCCUGGAGCGUCCCGAGCUGGAGGAGCAGAGGAACGAGCUGAUCGUGCGCAUCAACGCCGACCGCAACCAGCUCAAAGCCAUCGAGGAGCGCAUCCUCAAGCUGCUCUUCACCUCAGAGGGCAACAUUCUAGACAACGAGGAGCUCAUCACCACAUUGCAGGAGUCUAAGGUGACCUCCGAGGCGAUCAAAUCCCGUCUGGAGGAAGCUGAAGCCACAGAGCUGAAGAUAAACACCGCCAGAGAGAAAUAUCGGCCCGUGGCCACACGAGGCUCCGUCAUGUACUUCGUCAUCGCCAGUCUUUCUGAGAUCGACCCCAUGUACCAGUUCUCCCUUAAGUAUUUCAAACAGCUGUUCAACAGCACUAUCGAGACAUCAGAGAAGCACAGCGAGCUCAGUGUGCGCUUACAGACGUUGCUGGAUUCCACGCUGUUCAGCGCGUACACCAGCGUCUCCCGAGGCCUCUUCGAGCAACACAAGACCAUCUACAGCUUCAUGCUGUGUGUGGAGAUCAUGAUGCAGAGGGAGGAAAUCUUACCACAAGAGUGGUUCUACUUCCUGCGAGGGGCAGGGGGCAUGGAUAAGGAGAUCCCGGAGAAGCCGAGUGCUUCCUGGUUGUCUGAUUUCAUGUGGGAGACGUGCUGUGACCUUGAGAAGAAUCUGCCCUGCUUCGGAGGCAUGAAGAAAGACAUUGUAUCAACACCAGUUACUGUACAGCUGGGACGCUUGGAGGUAGCAGUGAACCCGAAAGAGUGGGACGGCUAUGUAACAGAACUCGCGCCGUACUCAGAAGACACCCCCUCCGACAAGCAACCCGAGGUCAGAGGUCACUGGAAUGAGCGUCUCAGACCCUUCCAGAAGCUCAUCCUGAUUAAAAGCUUCAGUGAAGAAAAGGUCGUUCUUGCCGUGACCGAGUUUGUGAUCGUUAGUCUCGGAAAGCCGUUCGUAGAAAAUCCACUGGUGGAUCUGGCAACCCUGUACGCUGACAUGUCUCCUUCUACACCACUGGUGUUCAUCCUCAGCACCGGCUCCGAUCCCAUGGGGGCCUUCCAGAGAUUCGCCAAGGAGCGUGGAUACCUGGACAGAGUGGAGUCGAUCUCUCUGGGUCAGGGCCAGGGCCCGAUAGCGGAGGCGAUGAUAACCAAAGCUCAGAAGAACGGGAAUUGGAUCUUCCUGCAGAACUGCCAUCUCGCCAUCUCUUGGAUGCUGGCCAUGGAGGAAAUCAUCAAGAGCUUCUCUGAGCCAGACAUUAUUAUCCAUGAGAACUUCAGGCUGUUCCUCAGCUCCAUGCCUACCAGCGUCUUCCCCGUCACUGUACUUCAAAACUCUGUCAAGGUGACUAACGAGCCGCCGAAGGGCCUCCGUGCGAACGUACGACGAGCUUUCACAGGAAUCAGCAGCACGUUCUUCGAGGAACACACCCUGGGCAGGAAGUGGAGGAAGAUCAUCUAUGGAUUGUGUUUCUUCCACGCCAUCAUUCAGGAGAGAAAGAAGUUUGGACCUCUGGGCUGGAACAUCCCUUAUGAGUUCAACGACAGCGACAGGGAGUGCGCUCUUCUCAACCUGAACCUCUACUGCCAGACAGGCAACAUCCCAUGGGAUGCUCUCAUCUACAUCACCGGAGAGAUUACAUAUGGAGGGAGAGUAACAGACGCUUGGGAUCAGCGUUGUUUGCGCACCGUUCUAAAACGCUUCUUCGAGCCAGAGAUUUUGGAGGAGGGGUACAAGUACUCAGCAUCAGGGAUCUACUUCGCACCCGAGUCUGACAGCCUGGUCGAGUAUAACAGCUACAUUGAGAAUCUGCCCAUCAUCGAUGAUCCUGAGAUCUUUGGCAUGCAUGAGAAUGCGAACCUGGCUUUCCAGAGGCAAGAGACAGCGACUCUGAUUAACACCAUCCUGGAGGUGCAGCCGCGAUCCACAGCAGCUGCUGGAGGGAAGAGUAAUGACCAGGUGGUGCACGAACUCGCAGACUCCAUUCUAAGCAAGAUUCCAGAGAAACUCAGUAUGGAUGGUGUGGCAGAGACCCUAUUUGUUCGUGACUCUAAUGGCCGACUGAACUCCCUGACGACUGUGCUGGGACAGGAAGUGGACCGUUUCAACUGCCUUCUGCGUUUGUUACGGAACUCCCUCCACACCUUGCAGAAGGCCAUAGCUGGUUUGGUGGUGAUGUCUGAGGAGAUGGAGCGGAUCUACAACAGCUUCCUGAACAACCAGGUGCCGGAGCGCUGGGCCAGCGCCGCGUACCCGUCUCUGAAGCCCCUGGGCAGCUGGGUACAAGACCUGGCACUGCGCACCGCCUUCAUAGACAGCUGGAUAAACAGAGGUCAGCCCAAGUCUUUCUGGAUCUCAGGGUUCUUCUUCCCUCAGGGCUUUCUGACAGGGACGCUGCAAAAUCACGCGCGGAAGUACAACCUGCCCAUCGAUGAGCUCAACUUUCGCUUCAACGUGACCACGGUGUACCGAGACCAGGCCAUCAUCAACGAAGGCCUGAAGAACCUCGGAGCAGACAAGGAACUGGAGCAGGACCAGAAGCUCCCCAGCAUAAAAGACGGGGUGUUAGUGCACGGGAUGUUCAUGGACUCGAGCCGAUGGGAUGAUGUGAACAUGGUAAUGGAGGAUGCGUUACCAGGGGUGAUGAACCCCAUGCUGCCAGUGGUGCAAUUUGAGCCUCAGCAGAAUUAUGAACCUGAUCCAUCACUGUAUCACGCUCCGCUGUACAAAACCUCCGCCAGAGCCGGAACCCUGUCCACUACAGGACACUCCACUAACUUUGUGGUGACGGUGAUGUUGCCGUCCAACAGGCCAAGCGAUUACUGGAUCUCCAAAGCCUCAGCGCUGCUGUGCCAACUCAACGAGUAAACAAAACCCGAUCACAUUUCUUCAGUCCUAUUUAUACUUCUCCCUGUACCUACAAGAAAAAACAGUCCUGAAAUGCAACACAUUAAAUAAAGUCAUAUAUGGAAGGAAAAAUUCA